CAGUGCACUCUAGUCCUUCCCUCUGACAGAUGUCAUAGUAACUCCGUGCCAUAUUUGCUGUAGGGGACAUCACGGGAAGAUGACGCCAUUUUCACCUGUUGGAAGUAAUAAGGUGGCCACUCCUCGGUGCUCAGUUAGCCGUUUCGCGCUGAUGUGUACGGCGUCCGCCUUUGUCAUUCUCGUAACGUAUCAUCAGCAUGUCCUUCAAAGAAGGUAUUACGAGGGAGGGAAAAAUAUUUUAUUUUGGGAGGAGCGCCUGGAGGACUUCGCCCUUCAGGAAUUAGACCUGCGGCACGAGGGCUCUCCGCCAGUCCGCAGCCAUGGCCCGAGUAAGAAAACUACGACGGGGGAAGAACAGCGAACGGAGACUGUUGACACUAGUACCGAAAACGGUCGGCAAUCGCAACAGGUUUUGCGCCGGAGGGUCGACGAUGCCAAGGUUUCAGGGGCUGGCAGUCCUAUAGCCAGCGAGGAUGGGAAGCAGAGGACACACGAACAGGAAGGACCCCGGAGUCGGGAGGAGGAGGAGGGAUUGAGGCCACUUGAGAAUUUAGCGAUGGUUCAGAACGGGGUGGCGGACUUGAGAUACGGUCUCAAAGAAGUUAAGAACGGCGAAAGACGCCUCCAGGACGGGAGAAAAACAAGCCUGGGCAAGGAGGGGCGUGUUGAAGGGGUGAAUGCACAGGUGGUUGGCGUACUGCGACAAGGUGUGGGACAUUCAACGGCCGCGACGACAGGGCCAGAACAACAACAAAGAAAGACAGAACAACUGAAAUUGGUUGCGGGCUCGGAGGCUAUAAAGCGGAAAGAGUCGACAGUCGCGGAAGGGGAGAAGGAGGUGGUUUGGACGAAUAUGGAGACUCUGGGAAGUGUUCUGAGACGCAUAGCCGUGAACAACACAGUGAUUAUUGUUACAGUGAACACCGGUUUUCGGGAAUUGUUCCUUAACUGGCUCGUAUCGGUGCACAGGCUUGGUCUUUCGGAUCGUGUACUUGUCUUUGCAGGGGAUGUGGCGUCAUGGCGCUUUCUGGAGAAGUAUUGGCCAGGCCAUGCUGUGCUUUUCCAGUACCCUGGCACACCGAAAGGCACGUUACCUGAGACGGAUGACCAGCAAUGGUUUGGGCUAGAGGGAUAUGGAAGAAUCGUAAAUACACGCCCAGCGCAAAUGCUGGCUUGCUUAGAGCAUGGCUACAAUGUCCUGUACAGCGACAUUGAUGCCGUCUUUUUGUCAAACCCCUUACCGCACGUGACGGGCAACGCCGAUGGGUCGUUUGCGUGGGAUGGCUGGUUGAGACCCCCCUGGUUCAAUGGGUCCGAUGAAAUCCCGCCACCGCCGAUGAACCUGGACUUCUGUAGCUGCUUCUUGUUCUUUCGACCUACGCAGCAAUCGAUCGAAGUCAUGCAGCGAUGGAUGCUGAAUCUCAGAAGAUCCAAGGAACACAAGAACCAGCCGGCGCUCAAUGACGUGUUCAGCUCGAUCCGCGCGGACAACGACACCUGCUUCAAAUUCCGCAUCCUUCCCACCAAGUUUUUCCCAUCCGGUCACACGAUGCUCGACCCCGCCAAGCUGCGGCAAUGGAAAUCCUUAGGCGGCCAAGCCGCGGUGGUCCAUUUGAACUUCUACUUUUCCACGCGGGUGAAGAUCGAAGGAUUCAAGUCGCACAACCUUUGGUUUCUAAACUCGUAUAACCCCUCGACCUCUCCUUGGCCUCAAGAAUUGUCUUCCCUUACGACCGUCACAAUGUAGACCCUUUCUUCUCAUUUUUUUCGUCUUGCUUCGUUGCCAUCCGGUAAUGCAAUCCACGACCCCGAAGGAGCUGCCGCGGCGGAAAUCCUUAGGGCGGCCAAGCCGUGGUGGUUCGUUUAUAUAAUUCCUACCGGUUUUCCUCUCUGGGGAAGAUCGAAGGUUUCAAGCCCGCACAAAUGGUCACAUUGUAGACCGGUUUGCCGCACAAACGGUCACAUUGUAGACCGGUUUGCCGCAACGGAAAUCCUUCUUAGGGCGGCCAAGCCGUGGUGGUUCGUUUAUGUAACUCCUCCCGAGUCCUACCAGGUUUCCACGCCGGGGAAGAUCGAAGGUUUCAAGCCGCACAAGCGGUCACAUUGUAGACCGGUUUGCCGCGACGGAAAUCCUUCUUAGGGCGGCCAAGCCGUGGUGGUUCGUUUAUAUAAUUCCUACCAGGUUUCCACGCGGGGGAAGAUCGAAGGUUUCAAGCCGCACAAAUGGUCACAUUGUAGACCGGUUCUUCCCAUUUUUCUUCUUGUUUAGAAAUUAGAAUCUUGUUACUCUUGUGCAUAUGCCUCUUUUGACAGGAGAAGAGAAGAGAAACCCUUUUUAACAUGUUCUGUACAAUAUUUUCAAUCAGGCAGGAAGAGCUCGCUUGUGCAGCAGCAAACGACGAGUCAAAGUUCACCAUGUUCUCGAUCUGUACAUGGACAAACCUUUGUCCAGGUGCAGCGAAUAACGAUUACUCAAUUCUUCAGACUAUGUAUAUGGACAACUCUCUCUUUCCCGAUGCAGACGCUCCUAGGUCGGCCGCCAGCAGUACACUGUGGAAGUACACCACAGUUCUGUUCAUCGUGUACUUGCUACUACCUCGGGUGUGUCGCCUCGUUAGUUUUUAGUACAGUUCUACAGACCAACCAUGUUUUACGCUCUUUUUUUUUUCAAUGGCUGGUGGAUUAGUUACUGCAUCGCUAUAGAAUAUGGUAACCAGAUUCUUUUCUUAAAUAUUUGUUGCCGGACUGGUGCGCACCGCCAUGGUGCGGUCCGGGGGGGAGAAGAUUCGAUGGCUCAGGGGAUGGUGGUCCCCACCUUGCCAAGAAAGCUCCCCCAGACAGCUCUGGAGUUCGUUCCUCCCUUCGACAAGGCUCCUUCAAUAGCUGCUGCGGAAACUUUGGGGGGAAUACGAUCCCACCGCAGAAGCUCUGUGGUAUGCGAUCGCUCGUCUGUGCUCUAUACUUCUCAGCGACUCAGUACUAGUGCUUCAGUUCCUUGGAGGUCAUGCUGAAGAAAGCUCCCCCAGACGGCUCUGGAGGUCGUUCCUCCCUUCGAGAACGCUCCUUCCAUAGCUGCUGCAGAAAACUUUGGGGGCAAUUCGACCCCACCGCAGAAGCUCUGUGGUAUGCGAUCACUCGUCUGUGCUCUGUACUUUUCACCGACUCAGUAGUGCUUCAGUUCCUUGGAGGUCAUGCUGAAGAAAGCUCCCCCAGACGGCUCGGCAGUUCGUUCCUACCCCUUCGAGAAGAUUCCAGCCACAGCUGUUGCCAAAACCUGGGGGCGAUACAUACGUGUUCCCGCUGCAGAGGCUCGGUGGUACGUCCUCACUCGUCUGUGCUCGAGUUGACGUCGACUUGUCGGUGAUCGACUUCUCUCUGGUGGUCAUUCUGAACAGCUUGGCAUUUAGGGUGAGCGUGCCACCACUAUAUGUUGAUUGAUGAUGGAGACAUGGUGCUCCUGUGGGUGUUUGGAUUUUCCGCUGAUUAGGCGUGAGGCUACUACUGCUAUACGAGCCAUCAGGUUGACGUCCAAGAGGAAGCACUCGCCACCGGAAAGCUGUUUAUGGAUGGCUGGUUUUUGGUUGGAGUGGAUGUUCCGAUGAACAAUUGCCGACUUCGCAGUUAUCUACAUGCAGUGGUGCUUGUCGGCGUUAUGUACCCAUCUUCUUUUGUUUUCCUCGUCUGUUUUUCAAACCUUCCCGCUGGAUUCGAACUCUGGUCCGCGUUUCAACAGU